UUCUCUCAACCCUGACUCGACCUCGAGUUUUCUCAACUCGCCUCCCCCAAUAUCAAGCGAUAGUGUGUAAGCUUGUUAGAGAGAGAAAAAAACUAGAGAGAGAAAGAAAAAAAAUUAGGUUUUCUAUGCAUUUUCCGGCGCCGACGAAGAAGAUACUGGGAAAGUUUGAGGUAGUUUGAACUUUUAACGCUGUUUUCUUUCGACGUUUUGGCUCUCGGAUAUCGUUUUUUGGUGGUCCUGUAGUUUUUCUGAAAAUUUGUAUUUAUAUAUGAGUUGUGGUUCUGAUUGAUGGACGAGAUUUGGGAAAGAGCGGUGGAGACGGCGUUAGACGGCGAGAGAGACUUUGGUUCUGUGAGAACCCUAACGUUGGACGGAGCGGUGAAGUGUAUUCAUGGUAAGUUGGCUCCUCCGUCGAUUUUCGAAAGGUUUCAGAAUCUAGAGCACCUUUCGAUUGCAAACACCGGUGUUACAUCGCUUGAACAGUUUCCUAGGCUUCAGAAUCUACAGAAGUUGAAUUUAUCGGACAAUAGAAUUGCUGGAGGGCUUGAGUUCCUUGUAGAGGCUGGUUUAAAUUCUCUUAGGGACCUUGAUUUGUCUAAUAACCGGAUUCAGGAUAUCGAUGAUCUUCGGCCUUUGGCUGAACUCAGGCUUGUCUCGCUUGAUCUCUAUGAAUGUCCCGUAACGAGGGUUAAGGAUUAUCGAUCUAGGGUUUUUGGUUUGAUUAGGUCGUUGAAGUUUUUGGAUAAGAUGGAUGCAGAGGGUAAUGAGAGGCCUGAAUCGGAUGAUGAGGAGGAAGAUGAAGAGGAGGAUGAAGAUGAUGAUCCAGGGAGCGGGGAAGUUGAUGGAGAGGAUCGUCCGUUCAGGAUGACAAAUGGACAUAGGGUUGAGAAUGAAGGAGUCGUAGAUGUGGAUGAAGAAGAGAGUGAUGCUGAUGAGGAGGAGACAGAGAUAACUAGAGUGACUAAUGGGUCUAAAGGGGAUGGUUCCAGUCACUCAAAUGGUUUUAGAGUAGAGGCAGCUUCUGAUGGAGAGGACGAUGAUGAUGAUGACGAGGAUGAUGAAGAUGAGGACUUUGUGGAGGAGAUAGAUGAAGAGGGAGAUGAAGAUGAUGUUGUGGAGGUUCAUGAGAUAGAAGACACUGAUGAGGAUGAAGAUGGUGUGGAGGACGACGAGGACGACGAUGACGACGAUGAGGAUGAAGAGGAAGUUGAUAACGAUGAUGGGGAUUUUGCUGAGCCCGAAAGUACUGGGAGGUUGAAUAGCACAGAAGGAGAGAUUGAUGGGCAUGAGCAUGGGGAAGAUGAUGCAGAUGAGGAUGAUGAUGGGGAGACAGGGGAGGAAGAGCUAGGUGUUGAGGAGGACGGAGAUUUCGAAGAUGAUGAGGAUGCUGAAGAUGAGGAAGAAGAUAAUGGGAAUGGCUACCUUGUUCAACCAGUUGGUCAGGUUGUAGUAGAUGAUACUGAAGGCAGUGAUGUGGAGGCAGUAAUUGGGGAUGAAGAUGAUGCAGAUUUGGAGGAAGAUGUUGAUGAUGAUGAAGAAGAUGAUUAUGGAGAAGUUCAGGAGCAGCCACCAUCGUCCUCUCAGAAGAGGAAGAGAGAUGAUGAGGAUGAUGAUGGUGGGGACAAUAAUGACGAUGGCAACGCAGAAGAAGAUUAUUCAAAGUCAUCCAAGCACCGUUAGUGAAAGUGAUGAUGGUGGCAGUUGACUACUUACUUUUGAGCAGGUGUAGGAUGGAAGGGGAGGAGGAUAUAGAAAUGUUGAAAAGUAAAAUAUAUUGGCGUGGGUGCAGUAGCCGUUGGUUAAUGAUUCAAAUGACAGUUAUUCAAUGCCCUAGUUUGUUGGAGGGGAAUUUGAAUUGAUGGGAAAAUCUUUGGCUAGUAGGUGAUAGAAACUUGUUUUAUUAUUUUUUCUUGUUAAAUUUAAAAAAGAAAAAACUUUAUUCGAUGGGGGAUAAGUAGUUUUAAAUUGGCUUUGUAAAACCGCGUUGUGGAUAAUAGUUGGUCUGUGUGUUUUUAAGUGUGAGCGUGUUGAGAGAGAUGCUGAUGAUGGAGGGUAGAGUAAAAGCUAAUAUGUUUUUGCAACUUGCAGGUGAUGCCAGAUGUCAGUCAGCUAAUUUGAUUUGCAUGCGAUGACAUGAUAUGAUAACACGCCCGCUCCGGCUCAGAAUAUCUUAUUUAAAUAAAGAGAAAAAAGGAAUGGUCCCAAUUCGACCAAAAAAGGAAAAGCUUGUUUUUGUGCAAAGCUAAAAAUAGUGCUGUUUUUUAACCCAAGAUGAUGGGAUUGGUGCUCUAUGAUGCCUCCUUUUGCGUAUUUAAUGGGCCGUGAGCUUCAACAGUUUGGAUUCCACUUUGUAGCAAAAUUACAAAGACAUGUAGCGCGCGUGUGCGCGCUUGGUUUUGUAUCAUUACAUUUAUUAUUAUUCAAUUUAAAUAAAAAUGCAAACUACAUACA